GGCUCAAAGCUGAAUCGCAGCCAACCUCCAUCAUGAACAUCCAUUCAUCAUUGUGACAUGUUACGGUUUAUCUUCUCUUUUGCAUUUUGUUCUUUCAUGAGGCGUCACUGUCCCCAUGAAAGAAACAUGUGGUUUUGAUUUACUCUUUCUGCAUGGAGUAAGGUGAACUAUUCACCUUACUACUAUAAAAACAGGGCCACCAUGCAGAGAUGAUAAAAGUGUGGUUGAGACAAACUCAUGGAGUGACUAUUGAAACAGUUUCCAGAAUGUUUUUGUAGGACUGUGAGUGUUCAUAAGAGGUGGAGCUUUGGGCUGGGGGAAGCAAAGUAAUGAGCAUAGCUGUCACUUCAUUUAGCAGAAGUCCGGGAAGCGACUCAGCGUUCGCAAGCAGCAAGAGAACCUGAGAGUAAAACUUCAAUAGAUGAAGAGCAGCAUGGACAUUCCCAUGUUUAGUCGUAAGCGGCAUCUGAUAUUUGGAUGUAAUGAUCAGCUUCCACUCUGUAGGAGAAAAUGCCUGAUGGACUGGUCAGACUCAGCUGAACAUUCAGACAGACUGAUGACAAGCAGUACUUCCACUUGGUUGUUCGACACGUGUGUGAACAGGUGGAAGAUCAGUCACAAGAACACAUUGGAGCUAUUGGAGCUGACGCGUCUCUGGGCCGACACAGAAAGUUCUGUGCAGAAAGUUUUAGAGUGUCUCAAAACCAAACGGGGCGACGUCUUCCUAGACCACUUGGUGAACAGCAAGUUUCUAGCCUUUCACAGAGACAUCACGGAUGAAUAUGGCAGGGAAGACAAGCAGCACUCCUGGGCGGUCAUCGAAAAACAGGAAGAGGUCAUCAUGUAUGGGCCUUAUUAUCCUAACUACAACAGUGGAGAACACAGCGAGGACAUCAUCAUUACACAAACUCAAGAGCUUCUGGAGGCAGAGGACUUCCCUCAAGGCUGGACAGUGUAUAUUUUCACCAUGAACAGUCCUUGUUUGGCAAGAAAUUCGGACCCAUGCAUGCUAAACCUCGUUCAUAGGGCCCGAGACUGGUGGAGCAUGUUUGCAGUUAAGACUUAUAUAGGCUAUGUGAGAAGUUGGGGCUUUAAAGGAAACAAAGAAAAUGUUUUUAAGGAACUCAAUUACAGACAAGUGGAAAUGAUAACUCAAAGUGUGGACUAUGGGAGCUACGUUGAAUCAAUUGAUAAGAUCGAUGAUCUCAGUCCUCUGUGUGAAACUGUGUUUAUUGUUGCUAAGGACUUACUGAAAGGUGAGAAGCUCAACAUUCCUUUGAUAACCACAGAAGAAAAACAGGAACAUAAGAGUUACUUCAAAAAUAUGAACAGUAUACUUGAGUCCAAACAGGAAGAGGAGAAAAAACUCCUUCUAAAGGAGCUGAAUGCACUUGAGGAAGCAGCAGAGCCCUUGCUUUUAGGUGAAAAUCAAGGCUUAGAGGACCAUUUGGAGAAAGGAAAGGUGUUUUCACUCAGUUACAAUUUCAGCUCAGAGGUAUGUGAAGGCCUCCAGGAAGAAAUGAGAGUCAGGUUUCAACAGUGCUGGAGGGAGACAGUACAGGACAGGUGUGCGGAGUUUGUCAGAGAAAAGCUGACUGAUGAGUUUAAUCAACUCACUGUUCGGCUUUUUGUUGAGGACUUUCACAGGCUUACACAAGCAUAUUUGCAAAUCGGAAAAUUGAAGUUUUAAAAUUCUUAGUAAAACUGAGUGUUUGGAAAGAUUAUGGGAAUAGUAGUGCUAGGAAUCCUUGUCACGCAUUGAAAACUAUCAAAAAUCUCACCCGUCACUUAAAGUACGUCAAAAUGCUUUCUUUUUAUUACAUUUGCUUACAAUAUAUCACAAAUAACAGAGUACAUGAUUAUAGUGGAGUGAUGUUUUUACAAAAGCUUGUACAUUUCUCAUUCUUGUAAUUACUUAAGGUAGUAUCCCACAUUUACACCGGUUACCUCUCGCUAGCAGCAGAUUAGAAAGCAUUGCAAAUAUUCUGUACAGUUUACCCAUCAAUAACCAUAUUAUACAGGACGUGAAUUUUAAUGUAGGUUCCCACAAACCUUUCAAAGGCCCCAUGUGCUACUGGCUAGAAGAUGCAGAUCUGAUCCUAAGCCAGCAGAGGGAGCAAUGUGCCUGCUGUCACGCUCUCAUUCAGAAUAAUCACCAUUUACGCUGGUUAGGUAGUUUGUCUUUAUAACUUUUUCAGACGUGACGUGCAAUUAAGGAAUCACAGCCAAUGAGCCACGACGGAGGAGUUCUUGUUACACUAAACUGUAGAUCACUUUCGCUGAGGUAAUACUUCAGGUGAGGAGUGACGGAUGAGACAGACUAGGAGGAAUUUACAGGAAUAGUUUGUAUUCAUUUAUUUUGCAGCAGAGUUUUGCUGAGUGUUUCACAAUUCCUAGCUGAUUUUUUUCCUUUUAAAAGACUUUUAGGUCUUCUUGGAUGCUGUGCAUCUUAAAGAAUUUUUACUGUUACUUCUUCACUUAUAAACAAUUAUUAUGAUGCACAACCGUAGCAAACGUUUUCCUGGUAGAUGAGCCAGGGUUCCUUCUCUCUUGAAAAGACUUAAAAACUGUGAAGUUUGCUUUUAUAAUUUCCAAGGACUGGCUGUGAAAUCAAAUAGAGUAAGGAAUACAUUUGUUUUUUCAGACUUUUUUUUUGUUUCAUACUAUAAAGAAUAAAAAUCUGUUAAUGCUUAACAAAUGCAA